AUGAAUGCCAGGAUCCAAGCACCACUCUGGGAACAAAUAGGAUCCAGCUUUGUUUCACAUUACUAUUAUCUGUUUGACACAGAAAGAACUCAGCUCGGCUCAAUAUAUAUUGACACAUCAUGCCUUACAUGGGAAGGACAGCAAUUCCAGGGAAAAACAGCGAUUGUCGAGAAACUCUCUAGCCUGCCCUUCACAAAAAUAGCCCACAGCGUAACAGCACAAGAUCACCAGCCCACUCCUGACAGCUGCAUAUUGUGUAUGGUAGUAGGACAACUAAAAGCAGAUGAUGAUCCCAUCAUGGGGUUCCAUCAGAGCUUCAUUCUGAAGAACAUUAAUGAUGCAUGGGUGUGUACCAACGACAUGUUCCGCCUUGCGAUCCACAACUUUGGCUAA